CUCAUGCAAACCAAACCCUCAUUGUAUUACCUCCCGUCCUCUCCUCCCGCCCGCCCGCCCUGCCUUGCUGGGAAGGUGGGCAGGGGUUGGAUAAAGAACAGUGUGGUCUUGUCGCGGUCAUGAAGAAGCCCUCCUUGACUUGACGAUGUGCAGCACAGACAACCGCUUCCAGUCAGUCGUGAUACGCAUCCAUCGUCCACAAGCGAUUCUCAAGAUGGCGGUUGAGUUGACUUACAAGACCUCGGACCAUACCAUUUCACUUGUCUUGCUUGAGAACACUGUGGUUGACCUGAAGAGCACCACAGACAAAUCGGACGGGAGGAUGAGAUGAAGCACAGAAGGGGACGGACAGGCGUACACACAUCACAUUCACAGAUGCAGAUCGGUAGGCUAGGCAGGUGUCACUCUCUGCACCGCGUCUCACUCACUCACCACAAACAGUUUGCCCAUGCUUUCCUCCGAGUAUGUGUUGAUGUCGCGGCAGUAGUUCUGAAUCUGACUCGAGAUCAGCAGGCUGUCCAUCGGAUUGUACUGCAGUGCACACACACAUCCAUCCAUCCACCCGCUGUCGACCUCUCUGUGUGUCUGUCCUCCCCACCACACUGACUGACCCUUCUGUCCAUGUAAGGUCUUGGUUGCCUCUUGUCGAGGAAUUGUCGCUUCGACUCCUCGGAGGCCAAAUCGUCCAGACAGUCUAUCAACGCAGACCUACACACCACACACACACAACACACACACAAGCAUCCCAUGGUACGGUGUGAGGUCUCUCCUUCUCUCCCCGUGUGUGUUGUGUGUGUGUUGUGUGUGUGUACUCACAGGUUUUUCUGCAUGUAGGCUGAGUUGUCGAAGUCGAGUGUGUCUAGGUCGACGGAUGACUGGAAGGGGUCGCCCAGGACGUUGUCGACCAGGAAGGCCUCCACCAGCAGCGGGUUGUUGAUCGACAGCGGCACCUCCUCCAGCAAAUUGUCGCACUGCAGCUGCUGCAAAUUCAUGCCACUAUUGGACACACACACAAAGACAAACAAAGACACCCAUGGAGCGAAUGACACACUGGAGAUCCUGCCGUGUGUGUGUUGUCCUCUUUAUGUCUUCCUUACAGAGGCUGCCCGCGUUGGUUGGCUUCCUUCCGCCGCUUGACCAGCUCAUCGGUCACGCGGAAAGCCUUCACACACACACACACACACACGUGCCGACAGUCAUAGCAAGCCAAGCGGCUGUGUGUCGGCUGUGUGGUCGGGUGGGACAUUCAUUAAUGAAUACCCACCCUGAAUGCGAGUCUGCCUAUGGCGUUCUGCAGCGGGUCGAAGACGAGCACCACACACUUGUCGUUGAUUUUCUCCUGGUAGCCGAUCUGCUCCUCCAGCAGCCGCUCCGUCAGGAAGUGGGACAGGUAGGUGCUCGUGUACCAACCCACCGUGUUGGCAUCAACAUUCACCUUAAUUUCACAACACACAACACACAUCCAAUCCAAACAAUGGCUGGGCUGCCCGCCUGUCUGUCUGUUUCCUCGGUGGCUGUGUGACGUGACCCCACCCCUCAUUACUUAAGAGUGCCGACUGACUGACCUCUCUGAGUGCCUUCAUCAUCUCGAGAGAGUACUGGCUGUCCUGUGUGGUGUCGCCGCUCUCGAUGUUCCUCUCUGGGGUGGCGAAGCUGUGGGUGACCUGCAGCACGGCUCCCACGUCCAGACCCAUCAGCUUGCCGCUCGCACCCGUCUGGUCACGCGCAUGCUUCAUUAUCUUCAAUAUCACCUGAGGGAGGGAACGAACGGACAGCCGCACAACACACCACACAUACAGACCAACACACACACACACAGACAUUAGCAGGGAGGGAUCUGUCACGGUGCAGCUGCCUUCCCCCAUCCGUCUACGUGUUGAUCAUCGUGCAUCCCUUGUGCCACGUGCCCAGUCGGCUCACCAGUGCGUCGACCUCCACCCGCUGCAGACCUUGGCUGCGGUCUUGACGGGACAGCUCACGCGACAUUCUGCCUGACCAGAUUACGCGCGAGGGGGUCAGGGGAAGAG